UUUUUUAAAAGACCAAAUCAGGAGUUACCUAAUGGUACUGCAUUCAGUUCUUCGUACAGAGAGCAACCCAACGAGACGUAUACGCAUAGCGAUCUGCAUCCGGAGCACAAAGAACUAAGCAAACCAAGCACAGCCUUUAGGUUGUCAUUAAAAAAAAAAAGGAAGAAGAAGAAAAGAAUAGUGAUCAGGAAUCACAAUGUGGCUGCCAACUGUUGGUUUGAUGUUACUUUGCCUCUACGCGAGUCCCUGUAAUUCUCGAGAAAUCACUCACGAUGACAUCAAGGAUGCAAUGCUAAGCCUGGUGCACAUGAUGCGUGAUAAUACUGAAAAGUUGGAGAGACACGAAGCGAGAGAACGAGCCUUGGGCGAGCAAAUGAAGAAGACCAUAUCUUUGUUGACCAAAAGAGUCUCUACAGUGGAUGGAUUGAAAACACACUUGACUAAGAUGGACGAGCGUAUAUCAGGAAUUGAGCGUUUGAUUACACAGAGAGACGAGAGAGAGCGGAUACAGAUGCAAAAGACGACUGACGCUCUUGAGGAUUUAGAGAGCAGAUUGGAAGGGUGGUUGACAAAUAUUGAGAACAAGGUGGCGGAAGUGAAUAAUCGACCGGAAGUAACUCCGUCAACGGCACCGGAGAAGGUGUCAUUGGACGUAAUGAGAAAGUUGAAUGACACUGAAGCAAGAUUGGCAGGUCAGAUAGCAACCCUUGAAAUCGGUAUAGAAACAAUGGGGACUAGAACUAAGGACGAGGCGGCUUUACAGGCAGACAAGAUACAAACUGUGUUUACUCAGGUAAGGGACAUCGGUGCUAGGCUCGGCGACAUGGAAUCUGGCUUAGACUUUGUUAAAGAAAACUUAGGUAAGAUUCAAGAGAAUCCCAAGGAACCAACGGUGGAUGUGAAUCCGGCGAUGGAGAUGCAAACGUUGAUGCUCAGCAGGGUGAAGGAACUCCUGGAGGACACCUCAGAACGGAUUCGUGAAUUGCCUAAAGUGUCAGAAGUUCAGACACUGUACAACGAGAGUCAGAUGUCCCUGCAAGAGACAAAGCACACCCUGGAGAACGUCAUUCAGCGAGGGAUAGACGGGGUUGGGAAUAAGGUAUCAGAAAGUAAAGAGGAAGUCAAAGAUACUGUCUCUGCACUGAGAUUGGAUCUCGCAAACAACGCAGAGAGGGUUAAGAAGGAUUUACAAGAUUUGGAAAAAGGACAGUCUGUUAUGGUUUCAAUGGCCGAUCACGUGUUGGACACAAGAAAAAGAGUAGAAUACGGUGUGCAUCAGAUACUGUUGGAGGUCGGUGACCUGGUGAAGGCUCAGGGUACCAGUCUGAAUACUACAUUAACUGAAAGGUUCGACGGUAUCUCUAACGACAUAAUAAACAAUCAAAAAGGCGCAUUGGCGAAUCUAACAACCAAGAUGGAGCAGGAGAUGAAUCAGGUCUGGAGGCAGAUAAACGUGAUGUAUCAGCAGAUGAUGGAGAGCGCCAAAGCCCUGGAAAAGUUGCACAAGCAAAACGAGGCUUACGUAAAUGGUACAACAACGACGAUGGGCAGCAUGGAGAGCAAGGUCAGCGAAAUAACAAAACGCAUGAGGGAAGUCGACGAGAACUUGAAUUACCUCCUGGGACGUCUCUCGCUGGUAACCCAGGAAUUCAAUCAAAUAAAAUCCGGCCUGGGUACAGCACUGGAUAAUAUCAAAGCCUCGUUCAAGGAGGUUCAAGAUAAGGCCAAAGAUCUUAGUACCCCUGGACCACAUCCGGUCCCUGAGCAUCACAAGGAAGUUGAUGAGGCACGAUCCUUGGAAACUUCAUCGGGUGAAAGAGUACCGGAAAUCAGUAACAUAUUAAGCACCAUCGCGAAUUAAAUUCGUAGGACAAUUAAUAUGAUCUACGGUCUACGUGCCAAGUGCGGAAGCCUGCCUGCACCGUUAGGAUCCGACUGAGCUACAGAAAAGGAAUCAAUGGAGACUCGAAACGCAACGCGAAGGAAACUCUGACUUCACAGUUAUUACUCAAAAAAAACGUAACUGCAUCCUGAUACGCAGGAUUGACGGCAAUUACCCUUGUAAAUAAAAAUUGUAUUUUGUCAAUGCAACAAAUACAAGUAAUGCGAUACAACACUGUUCAA